UAAAAAUGAGAUUAUAAAUUAAUUUUUUCAUAUUCUACCAUUCUCUAUGACCACGGAGAUUAUAAAAUUAAUAUUGAUUAUAAGUCUAUAUUAUCUUUUUUUAAUAUUUGAUAAAAAUAUGUAAAUAAUUAGAACAUAGAAUUGUGGUUAGGUAGUUUCAUCUGACUAAUAGUAAGAGUUGUAUUCGUUAAAAAAUAAAAAUGUAAAAUCAGUUAAUAAAUAAAGUAACAAUAAAAAUAAAAAUAAAAUUAAAAUGGGGAGGAGCUUGGUUUGGCGGAAGUAAUUAAAAAUUAGGAGUUAGAAGUAAUUAUGUUAGAAGUAAUUAGGAGUUGGUUUGGUGGAAGAAACUACCCCACGUGAAUAUCCCUUUUUUUGAAAAAAAAUCAACAGUCUUUCAUCAAAACAGCUAUGUGCUAAUAUUAAAAUAAAAAAAAUCAAAAAAAAGAAAGAAAAUCCAUGGGAAAUUCUAGUUUCUUCCGCCAUCCAAAUUCACGUUCUCCAAACACCACCACCCAUUCGUCUUCUCCAACCAAGUAAUCACCAUAGCCUCAAUUCACAAAAAUUUCUCAGAAAUUCAUCCCAACUGUCAAACAAAACAGCUAAUCGCAAUCUUGAAGCCCUCUUAUUAUUGGUUGCUUCUUGUUUUUUUCCAAGUCUAAAUCUUUCUCAAAGCUUCAGAAAAAAUCUCUUAAUUUUGAUAAAUAUAGUGAAAAGUAUCUGCUUUUCCAUGAAAACGCGGGUUUGGAACGCUUGAGUUGACAUCAGUAAACAAAUUGUGAUCGAUUGUUUGGGACGCAUCUUCUUCGUUCCUCCUCUUUACCAAUGUUCUGGAUGUCGAAAUAUCUCCCGUGCUUAUUGCAAAAUUAAAUCGGGAUUAUUUUUUCGAAAAUAAUGAGAUCUGAUCACUACCAUUGGAGGAGAGGAAAGAAAGAACUUUUGAAAUUUUCGUUGGAUCUGUACAUUUCUCCAUGUGAAGCAGUUUGGAGAAUCCUUGGAUAUGAUAUUCAUUAUUGAACUCCAUCAGUUCAACGAUUAAGCUUCCAUCUACCUAAUGAACAAAGUAUUGUAUUUGAAGACGACGAGCCACUCGAUAACAUUAUUAACAAACCCGGAAUUGAUCAGUCAAUGUUCUUAGGUUGGAUGGAAUUGAAUAAAACAGAUCCCAUAGCAAGAAGUUUAACUUAUGCUGAAUUUCCAACAAAGUUUGUGUGGAACAAGGAUGGAAAUAGAGAAUGGAGCACGAGGAAACAAAGAUUUUCUAUUGGGAGAGUAUAUUAUAUACCUCCGGGCAGCGGAGAAUUGUACUAUUUGAGUGCUUUAUUGAAUACAAUUCAAGGUGCAACAUGUUACGAAGACAUUCGGACUGUUAAUGGUGUAUUGUACUCCUCAUUCAAAGAAGCUUGCUAUGCACGUGGAUUACUAGAUGAUGACAAAGAGUAUAUUGAUGGUAUAACAGAAGCAAGUUUUUGGGGAUCAGCACAAUAUUUAAGAAGUCUUUUUGUGACUUUAUUGUUGUCAAGCAGUAUGUCUAGACCCGAAUUUGUAUGGGAGCAAAUAUGGAAAUUCCUUGGAGACGAUAUUCUUCAUAGGCAAAAACGUAUCCUCCAAAUACCUGUUCUUAUGCAGGAAGAAAAGGAGUAUGUCUUGGAAGAGGCGAUGCCCGAAGCCGCGGGCGACGGGGUCACUCAGGCAGCCCUCAAUCGUUGGAUUGAUGCCAACAAGGAUGAUGUGAAAUGUCUAAUGCUUGCAACCAUGAGUGCAGAUCUACAGAAAACGUUCAUCAACUCAGAUGCUUUCGCGAUCAUCAGUGAGUUAAAGAACAUGUUCCAAGAUCUGGCUCGGGUCGAAAGAUUCGAGACUCAUAGGAAAAUUCUUGAGACCAAGCUUAAGAAAGGCGAGCCCGUAAGUCCACAUGUUCUCAAAAUAAUUGGACUCAUUGAGAAUAUGAGUCGGCUGGAUCAGCAAUUCUCUCAGGAAAUGGCUGUAGAGACCAUCAUCCAUUCUCUUCAUAGCGGUUAUGAUCCGUUCAAACUGAACUACAGUAUGAAUAGUCUGGACAAAACGCUCACUGAGCUUCACGGUAUGCUGAAGACCGCUGAAAAGACGCUCAAAAGUGAUAAGCAAGAUGUGCUUAUGGUGCGUGGGGGCAAGUUCAAAAAAUCAAGAAAGAAGAGGAAUGCUAAGAAAGGUGGCAAGAAGGCUAGCCCGACUAAGCAAACUGGCGCCAAGUCUGAAAAGAGGAAGGUCAGUCAACCCACUUCUGAGUCCGAGUGCUUCUACUGUAAGAAGAAGGGGCACUGGAAAAGAGAUUGCUUGAAGCUAAAGGAAGAUCAGAAGAAAGGAACAGUCGUUCCAUCUUUAGGGACUAAGAAGAAGUAGAAGGUUAAGCAAGGGUGAAGUCGACCUACGAGUGGGAAAUGGAGCACGGAUUGCUGCAUUAGCUGUAGGAACUUAUUAUUUGUCAUUGCCCUCUGGGCUAGUUUUGGAACUGGAAGACUGUUUCCAUGUUCCAAGUCUUACUAAAAAACAUCAUUUCUGUUUCUUGUUUAGAUGCUAAGGGAUUUUCCUUUUUAAUAAAAGACAAUAGUUGUUCGUUUUAUUUUAAAGAGAUGUUUUAUGGAUCUGCU